GUGCGGUCCAAGAGGCUAGUCCGUUCAAAAGCUCUCCUAGCGCGCCGAGCUCUGGAGGGUUUUUUUUCACGCACCGGCAGCGGUCUUUUUUUUCGCCGAACCGUUCCUGGGACGCCCACCUCAUCCCAGCUCUCCUCGCCGCCACCGCUCGCCGGUCUCCGCCGUCGCGUUCCUCUUCAGCGUCACCGGCGUCGGCCUCCCCCUUCACCUCCCUGCUCUCUUCGCUGCUACCUCCCACCGGCCUCCGCCGUCGUCUUCUUCUCUAUCGUCACCGGCGUCGGCCUUCCCCUCCGAUCUCCCUCAGGAGUUUUGUCCCUCCAAAGUUGACGGAGAGUCCUUCCUCCAUGGGGUCCUCUUCUAGUCAGGUCAACAAGGCUCACAAGAGCCGCUUCGCCUCCAAAGCUUCUCGCCAAGUCCAUAAGACCUCACGCACCGAUAAGAAGCGGAUCGCAAAGCCGGAUCACCACCGGAAUGCCGUGAAGGGCACUCGCGCUGCUCGAAUUCAGCAGAGCAAAAUGGUACGGCAAAGAUGUCAUUGCAAGCAACUUAGACUUUAG